CCAGAAGAAGGAGAAGAAAGAGCCCUCGGGUCAAAAGCCCAUUGAUGAGGUUUUCCCAAAGGAGGUUGCGGAGCCUUCAGUUGCUGCUGCUCCUGCUAAUGUGGCCGGGGGGCCGAAGGCCGAUGUGGCGGCCAAGAAGAAAAAGGGAGGCAAGGGGGUGGAGCCCCCGAUCAAGAAGCAGAAGGUUGCCGGGGGCGCCGUUGAAAAGGCGGCCCCCCUCAUAGUAAUCGAUGAUCAGCCCUCCGCUGACCUCCCGGCCAUUGACACUUUGAUGGCUCAAACAGACCUUCCCCCGGGGAACCUGCCUCGGGAGAUUAUUCAGCUCUCCCUCGCUCCGGGGGCAUCUGUGUUGCACGGUUCAGCCGAGCCGAUGUCUUUCCUGAGGGGGAUUACCUCGAUGAUGGAUAAGGAAGCCCUCUCCACCUAUGACGAUGACGUCCUCGAAGCCAAGGCCCUUCGAUCAGCUCUGACUGCGUGCAUAACCUUCGGUGAGCAGGCCCGAAGGCGAGAGGAGUGGUGCCGUCAUAAGGCCGAGCUAGAGAAGUCCGUGAAGGAGCUGAUUCACGACAAGGACGCUGCCCUCCGGGAGGUGUGCAAGUUGGAGGACGCCCUUCGGCAAGCGGAGCUGCGGCUGAAGGAGGCCAGAGAAGACGGGAAGGCCGAGGGCAGGGCUGAGGCCGAGAGGGUUGCGGCCGAGGAGAGAAAACAAGCUGCCGAGGACGCCGAGAAGGCCAAGGCUGAAGCUGCUGCCAAAGCCCGAGAAGAGGCCAUCGCUGGGUUCACCUCCGAGGGCUGGAAGGCCGAGGGCCAGAGCGAGUGGGUGGCCUCUGUGGUGAAGGCCUCGAUCGAGGAGUGGGUGAGGGGCCCCGGGCUCGACUGGAUGAAUGAGAGGGGUGACACCUACUAUCAAGCUGGCGAGUUCUUCACCCAGCACCUGGUUUACCGGA